AUGAACAAAGCGAUCGUCUUUCUGCUGUUUUUUACAGGUUUUUCAAUGCUUUUUAAAAUGUUUCAUUUCCUUUUUCACCUUUAUUCUGUUCAAAAUUUCCUUGCUGCUGGUUUUUGAAGGUGCAGAGGACUUAAAGGAGCUAAAAAAAAUCUAAAUGUUCAUUCGUCUGAAGAAAUUCUUGGAAUUUUUUCUAUGUUUUCUUUCUAUUCAACCUAAUUAUUUUAUAAACACCCACCAAAGUUUAUUCAUAAAUGAACGGUUAGAGAAAUGAUCAUUACCAAUAAUAGUGAAAAUCGGAAAAUUGAAGCUGUCGCGUCUGCAUUUUACACAUCGAAAGAUGACGUCGUUGAGCUAACUGAUGGGAAUUUCGACAAAGUAGGUUUUCUCGACAUUUCUUUGAGCUCAAACUAUUUUUCAGUUGGUGACAAAGGGAAGUGAUGCCUGGAUGGUUGAGUUUUACGCACCUUGGUGCGGCCAUUGUCGAAGCCUGACUCCGGCUUGGAAGAAAGCCGCCACUCAACUCAAGGGGAAAGUCAAGGCUAGUGAAAGCUUCUUUUUUUUUAGAAAAUGAGAGGUGAUAUCAGGUCGGAGCGGUGGAUGCGACGAAACACGAACAACUAGCCAGAAGACACAACGUCAACGGCUACCCGACCAUCAAAUUCUUUUCUCCGGACGGCGAAGUCAUCGAAUUCGACGGCGAUCGUUCGGCUUCUGGUAUUGUUUCGUGGGCAGAAAACAAGGUCAGCUUUGAAUUCGAAUUAAAUAAUGAUUAGAUUGUUCUCAAGGCUGCCGAUUUCAAGCCUCCACCGACUGUCAUCGAAAGGACCAACUCAGAAAAAAGUCGAAGGUAAUUGUAUUCACAGAAUUAUCAGUGAAGAUAUUCGAUGACUUUUAUACAUUUGGAGUAUUAUCACGUUCAAUGAGAUAAUUUAAACUUAAUGAGUACUGAGUCUAUGAUAUACCAGCCUGGCGACCUUAUAACUGAAUUAAAAGGGUCUGUAACGGGUACUCUGAUAAAAAUCAUUGAAGAUAUAUCCAAGUUCUACAUUUUAAUUUCUGUCAGAAGCCUGUAAGGACACUAAACUGUGUGUGUUCGCAUUCCUGCCUCACAUUCUCGACUGCAACGCCAAAUGUCGCAAGAAGUACGUGACGAUGCUUCAGAAGCUGGCCAACAAGUUCCGCAAGCAGCACUGGGGGUGACCAUCAUCCCCUAAGUCUUCAGAAAACCAGAGCUUUCAGCUGGGUCUGGUUUGAGGGAGGAGUUCAGACUGCGGUGGAGCGCGCUUUCAACGUCCAAGGUCUCGGAUAUCCCAUGUUGAGUGCCGUCAACGUCCGGAAAGGCAAGUACGCAACGAUGCGCGGCUCUUUCUCCGAGGACGACAUCGGCUCCUUCCUUCUGGGUCUCUCGGUCGGCAACGUCAAAGUCGGCAUCCAGUCGCUUCCGGUUCGUUUUUUCAAGAAUCAAAUGAAAGGUUUUAUUGUUUUCCAGGAUGAAAAGAUGCCCGAAGUUAUCGACGCCAAACCAUGGGAUGGAAAAGACCAGAAAGUCGAAUUUUAA